AUGGAGAGAUCACGGGGGGUCAAGCAGGAGGAGAAGAUUAAAGCCCUCUGGGAGCUUUGUGCUCCACACAGAUCCCUGCCCGUGUUUUUUGGGCAGGUUCAAGACAGGGCUUUUGCACCAAUUACAAAGUUUCUGGCUGCUCGGCUGAGUGCAGCAGCUGUGAAAGCAGCAGAGGGGGAGAGGGAGGCAGUUGCGGGGGUGCUUGGAAGGAGCUCAGAUGACGAGGAGGAGGGGGAGAGGCAUUGUGAGGGUACGAGUGGCGAUGAGAGGCACGAGGAGGCUGGAGAAUCGAGCAGUGAGGCAGCAGCAAUUGAGCAGUGCAGUCAAGAGCAUUUGCAGCAGCACAGAGUGGCAGGAGGGGAAGGGUUUGAGGCGUGCAGUGGGGCAGGGGAAUGCAGUGGGGUGGCAGCAGGUGAGGGUGUAGCAGAGGAGGCUGUAGCAGAGGAGGCUGUAGCAGAGGACAGAGUGAGAGGAGGGUUAGGUAAGGAGGCGUACAUUGAGGCAGUGGAUGGCCGUGGGGUGGCAGCAGGUGAGGGUGUAGCAGAGGCUGCUGUAGCAGACGUGGGUGUAGCAGGGGAGGGUGUAGCAGAGGAGGCUGUAGCAGAGGAGUUUACAGCCAAAUCUGUAACUGCAGACUUGGUUGCAACAGUGGAGCCUGUAGCAAAUGCAGCUGUAGCAGAGGAGGCUGUAGCAGACUUGGCUGUAACAGAGGAGCCUAUAACAGAUGUGGCUACAGCAGAGGACGCUGCAGCAGAUGUGGAUGCAGCAAAAGAGUUGGUAACAGACAUGACUGUAGCAGAUGUGGCUGUAGCAGAUGUGGCUGUAGCAGAUGUGGCUGUAGCAGAUGUGGCUGUAGCAGAUGUGGCUGUCGCAGAUGUGGCUGUAGCAGAUGUGGCUGUAGCAGAUGUGGCUGUAGCAGAUGUGGCUGUCGCAGAUGUGGCUGUAGCAGAUGUGGCUGUAGCAGAUGGUGGGAGGGAAGGACGUGGGGAGGCGCAGGGUGGUUGUAAGAGGGAGCGAGAGGAGAGUGAGAAGGACAGAGAGGAGGUUACAAAGGGGAAUGAGGAGGAAAGUGAAAAGGAGAAACAGGAGUGCGAUGAGACAAUGGAGGGAGCCAAGAAUGGGCUGGAGGAAGGUGGUGAAGUGGAAGGUCAAGUGGAUGACGUGGAAGUGGAGAUGGAUGAGGUGGCAGUGGAGGGAGCUGACGUGGCAGUGGAAGCAGAUGAGGUGGCAGGGGAAGUGGAUGAGAUGGAAUUACUAGCUGAUGACGUGGAGGAUGAUGAAGAUGCGUUGCUGACGGAGCUGCUGCCAUGUGGCAACACACGAUUGGAGGAGGCAUGCUCUGCCAACGCAGCUGACACCUGGAAGGAGCUCAAGCGCCAGCUGUCGCAUUCUGAUUGGCCAGCACCACACAGGCCCAAUCCCGAGGCUAUGACCGAGGCUCGGCAGGAGCUGGCUCUGUUGACUCGGUUGACCGAGCUGACUGCCAGGCUGGCAGACGCUGACGUCAUCUCUGGGGGUUUGACUUGCCCCAGGGUCCCUCUUGGGCUGGAGACUGAGGUUGACUUUGACCGGGGUAGGGAGAAGACUGGCGUUGACUUUCUUGACUGGCGGGAUCCGGUCCCUUACCAUGCGCUCCUAUCCCCGUCAGCAGCAGGACACUCUUUGCCUUACAAGGGUUUUCCCCAAACCUGUUCCGAACCACGAGGCACGGAGGCCAAUGCUGGCAGUUCCGCUGAUGCUGCCUCCAAUGCUCGUGAUGCUGUCAACACUAUUAACACUGCUAAUUCUGUUGCUCCUGGUGAAGGUACCGAUGCUGGUGCUGCUGGUGCUGACCCUGCUAGCAAGCCUUCAUUCUCGCGAUCCCCUGGCGAUGCAUCUUAUAAGCCCGGGGAGCAUUGGAGGUGGGCGCAGGGUCAUUGCGGUGUGGAGGGGCAAGCAUACGAGGAUGAUUGGCACCUCUUGCCUGCUUCUAUCGAAGCUGCUCUUAAAGGAGACAGCAGUUCUACAGGAAGCGGUCUACAGUGUUCCGCGAGUCAGCAGCAUACAAGGAUGAAAGUUCCCUCCACAAGGUUAGAUCGAAUAGUGCUUCCAGGGGAUGGUACACCAGCAGAAAUAGCUCCUAUUUUAGCUUAUAGCGCAACGCUUCAUACGCUCACAUGUUGUCUCCCUCCCAAGGUAACUCCAAGGUCGGGUGGUUCCAGUGGAAGUGAAAGUGAUAUCAAUGAGGGUGGUUGUGGGAGGGCGUAUGCGGAGGGGGAAUGGACGACGGAUGAUGCUGUUAAGAUGUGGUUGUCACUAGAGGCGGCUGCGGCAGCAGCAGCAGAGGCGCAGGAGAGAGGGGAGGAGGAGUUUUUCUGUCCCAUCUGCCUCUGCGAUUUUGACAAGGGGCAUAGCGUGUGCUUCCUUCCCUGCUCCCACUCAUAUCACUCGGAGUGCAUAGUGAACUGGAUUGUGAAGCACCCCGUGUGCCCCGUGUGCAAGGGAGCAGCCUUCGUGCUUGAUGUCGGGGAGGUAGAUGCGGGGGAGGUUGGAACAGACGAAGUGGGUACCGGCGGGGUGCAUGCAGGGGAAAUGGAAGGGCAGGUAGAUGCAGGGGAGGGGGUUGCUGGGGAGGUGAGAACAGAGGAAGUGGGUACAGGGGGGGUGCAUCCAGGGGAAAUGGAAGGGGAGGUAGAUGCAGGGGAGGGGGGUGCUGGGGAGGGGAUUACAUGGGAGGUGGUUACAGGGGAGGCGGAUUUAGGGGAGAUGGGAACAGGAGAGGCGGAUAGAGGGGACGGAAAUGCGGGGGAGGUGGGAAUUGGGGAGGUGGAUACAGGAGGGGUACGUGCAGGGGAGAUGGGUACAGGGAAUCAAAGGAUGCUUCAAAUGCAAGAGGAGCAGCAGCAACAGCAGCAGCAGCAACAGCAGCAACAGCAACAGCAGCAGGAGGAACAGGAACAGGCAGAGCAGGAUGAGGAGAGAGAGGAGCAAGUACCCCUGUGGAGGGAGCACUGGCAGGGGGAGGAGCAUUGGCAGGAGGAGGGGCAGCAGCACAAUGGGGAUACGAGGAGUGAGGAGGUGGUGCUGGUGUUGUAA